UAGACGAAAGUGAUAAAACUAAUGAAACAGCAAAGGGUGAUGAAACUAACGAAACCACAAAGGGUGAUGAAACUGAUGAAACAGCAAAAGGUAAUGAAACUGAUAAAACUGCAAAGAGUAAUAAAACUAAUUAA